ACGGCAGUGGACAUGACUGCAGCCCGAGCAUGGAGCAAAGGGUCCGAGAGCGCCGGGUGCGGGGGAGGAAGAGCUGUGCCAAGCAGCAGUUUGCAUUAGGAUAGACCCAAUCUGUGGCUUUGGCUUUUAUGCUAAUUGUUUUUGUAUGACUUCUGGUUGCUAAAUCACACAAUUCUGCCUUCAGUUAGGUACUUUACAUCCCUGAAACAGCCCAAAGACCCAUCAGAGACACUUUUUUUCUGCUGUGCUUUUAGGCCGAUUCAGAAAGAAGAGCCCUGAGCUGCGCAAAGUGCUCUGUUUUCAGUACAGACCCGUGCGGAUGGUUUGUAUCAACGCUGGCCUGCGUUUAUUUAAAAAGGGGGAAGCUGCCACAAAUACUGCAUGCCUGCAUGCAUGCACAUACAUGCAGACUGGAUGCCUGCACAUGUACAUGCACACAUACAUGUACAUGCAGCUCUGUACUUCUCCCGGUGCUGUGAAGGAUCCCGCAGCACCGAGCAGUACUGGCCCGGAGCUGCCCGGGGGGGCGGCGGGGGCCGGGGCAGGACCCUCCGGGGGCAGCCACCCCCCGUGGGGCUUUUUUUCUUCCGGGGGUCUCGCACCUCCCCCAGCCCACCCGGAGGGCAGGAGCCGGCACCGCCUCCAGUGCUGCCCGCCCGCCCGCCGCCGCCUGGGGGCAUCGGCCGGGGGGGCACAGGGGGGUCCCCGGGAGGAGCCACCACCGCGUGGGGGGCCGGGAGGGGGUCCCCGGGAGGAGCCAUCGCCCCGGGGACACCCGGUGGCGCGGCCCUCCGGCCCGGCCGCGUUCCCAGCCCCGGGAGCGGAGCCGGGCGCUCCCCGAGCCGCCCCCGCCAGCCCCCUCCCCCGGCCCGCCCCGCGCGCUCGCUCCUUCUUCGCCUUUUCUUUCUUUUCCCUUCUUUCUUUUUUUUGGGGGGGGAUUUUUUGUUUUUGUUUUUUCCCCCAGAAGAGGCGCUGCGGGCGGAGGGAGCCGGGCCGGGGCCGAGGGGGCCGGGGCUGCCCGCCCCCAGCCCGGGGAGGCGGCGGCCGGGAAGAGCCGCCCGCGGAGCCGGAGCCGGAGCGCCGGGCGGUGGGACAGCGCUCGGCCCCGGGGCGAGAGGGAAGGGCGAGCUGUGCCGCGGGCCCCCGGCCCCCCUGCCACUUCCCAGUAAACAUGGACGAUGGCUCGCUGGACACGGCUGUGCAGAGUGCCCUCCAGGCCCUCUACCCGCCCUUCGAAGCCACGGCCCCCACGGUCCUGGGCCAGGUGUUUCGGCUGCUGGAGACCAGCUACCGGGGAGACGGGCUCUGCUGUCUGCUCCAGUUCCUCAUCCCAGCCAAGCGCCUCUUCGAGCACGUGCGGCAGGCAGCCUGCGCUCCCUACUUUAACUGCAUCUUUCUCCAUGAAGGCUGGCCCUUGUGUCUUCAUGAGAAAGUGGUCGUCCACCUUGCACCACUCAACCCCCUUCUGCUGCGCCCUGGGGACUUCUACCUGCAAGCGGAGCCCUGCGAGGAGCACUCAGCACGCAUCACCGUCAAGCACCUCUCCCAGGACCUGCACACAGUGGAGGAGACACCGGUGCCUGAGGCUGCCUAUGCGCUGCUCUUCACCAACGAGUGGCUGGAGGAGAUCAACAGCAACCAGGCCAGAGCCCCCCUGCACACCUGCCUGGUGGCCACUGAGAACGGCAUCACCCCGCUGCCAUGGAGUAAGAUUGCCACGCCGGAAUUCAUCGACAAGCCAAAGGCUGGGGCUGAUGGCACGCCUGCAAGCACCCAGCAUGGCCCCACUCCUGAAACUGCAGCCGAGCCGGCAGCACCCAGCGUGCUUGUGCCCCAUGGCACAACAGACAUCCCGGAGCCCUAUGGCAAUGUUGUCGGCACCGUUCCGGGCUGCAAGGUCACCUCUUGGAAGUCAGGCCAGGGAAGAUACCCGGGACUGAUCAAGGUGGACCAGGCUGGGCUGCGGAAGAAGCCAGCCACGCUGGCUGUGCCCAGCCUCUGCGAGAUUGUCAGCCAGAACUUGGAAGGGGAGUACGUGGACCUGCUGGAGCUCUCCCAGGAGCAGCUGGACCGCCUGGCCAGGUCCCUGCCACCCGCCUGCCCAGAGGGGCAGAUGGGGACCAGGGCCAAGGUGACGCUCCCCUGGGCAAAUGGGGGGCUGGGGGCAGAUACUUGGCACUGCGGGGAGGUGCUGAGCUCGGAGGAGGGUCCCUGCACCCCGUGCAUGGGGACGAAGCUGAACCGGGAGCCGGGGCCACAUGGCCCACGGUGCCGUCAGCGCGAUUCCUACCUUGCCGCGCUGCAGAACCCAGUGAGCUUUGGCCCCAGGCUGAUGGCAGCCAUCCUGGAGGAGCCGGAUGGCCACAGCCCCCAGCCUCCCCGCCCCACGCCCCGUAAGACCCCUGCACAGCACGGGAGGGGGGCUGGCAGCCCCACACUCCUCACCCGCCGUCCCCGCCGAGAGAGUCCUGGGAUGCAGGCGGAGGCACUGGUGCAGCAGGGCAGCUCCCGACUUCCCCCAGGAUCCAGCCACAAGUUCUCCUUCUUGAAGGGCCCAUGGCUCGGGAUGGCCCCCGGGGACGAAAGAGCCACCAACCAGCACGAAGGGGCCUGGAAGAAGAUGUCUGCCAUCUACUCGCCCAGGAUGGGCAGAGCCAAACCAGCUGGGAAAGGUACAGAUGUGGCAGCCGCUGCCCCCACAGAGGAACGGUCCCUGGAAGGUACCAGCUGCAAGAACAGUCCCUCUGUGUCUGGCGCUGGCACCCCUGGCCGGGAGCCGCCGGCCUGGCAGGACCUGCACGCCGGGCUGCUGUGCUCGGGCAUCGUGUGCCUGCCAGGGAGCUCGGACAGGCUGGGCAGGGCCCUCCUCCAGGUGACCACCAGCGGCAACGCCUGGGGGGCCACAUGGUGCUCAGCUGCCGAGCUGGCAAGGCUCAUCCUCUACCUCUGCUCCCUCCCCAGGCAAGAAGCAAAGGAUGGCGGGCUCACUGUCGUCGUGGAUGCCAGGAAGCAGCCUCCUGCUCCCGUCCUCUUCUCAGCUCUCCGCUCUGUCCAGAGCGUCUCACCAGGCUGCAUCCACACCAUGCUGCUGCUAGCCGAGAAGGAGCUGGUCACCCACCGUGAGAAGCUGCCUGGGGUUCAGGUGGAGACCCUGACAUCGUUGAAGGCUCUGGGCCGCUAUGUUGACAGCUCCCAGCUGACACAGGAGCUGGACGGUGCCUUCCCCUACUGCCACGGCGAGUGGGUUCAAUUCUUCCAGAAACUGCAUCCCUUCACAGCCAGCCUCAGGCAGGCAUCAGAGCUGCUGCAGAACUGCAUCCAGGAGCUGCGAAGCGCCGAUGCACUGGCAGGGAUGCAGGAUGCAGCUGUGUGCAUCGGGAAGCACCAGGAGCUGAUGCAGAGGGUGCUGAGCGACCCGCAGCUGGUGCAUGUGCAGCGCGAGGGGGGGGCCGUGCUGGCCAGGCUGCGCAGGGAGGCGGCCCGGCUCGGCACCUCUGCUGAUGUCAGGUAGGAGGGGGCAGCUUUGCUGGUAGAGGGCAUGGAGUCAGCUGAGGGGCUGUACAGCCAGCUGGAGGAAUUGCUUCACGACCUGGUGUCCCAGUCCAACAGCUGCCUGGAGCACCUGGAGUUCCUCCGAAAGGUCCAGGAGCUCAAGACUGAGUUCGGCAAACUGGGGUGCUGGCUGGACGGGGAGGCGGCGGCACAGCUGUGGGAGAUGGGCACCGAGGAGUGGAGCUCCGACAGCUUCCAGGGCUCUGACAAGCAGUUUAAUGAGUUCCUCGUCCAGGCAACAGCUCAGUACCAGCAUGGCCUGGCCCUGUGUCAGGAGGCGGCUGAGGUCCAAGAUGCAGCUUUCCCCGAGGCAGACCCCUUCCAGGUGGCUGCAGCCCUUUUCCGGACAAAGCUGGUGAGCUUCUACAGGCAGGUGGAGCGGCGGCAGACUGAGCGGGAACUGCUGCAGGAGCUUGACCGGUUCUCCAGCAAGAUCACAGGGCUGAAGCUGGACUGCAGGCAGUGCUCAGCCCGGGGGAAGUGUGGGGAGGGCCAGGCGCUGCAGUGCCUGCAGACCUCCUUCCAGAAGCUGUCAGUGGAGUUCGCCCUGGAGAAGCUGCAGGACAUGAAGGCUCAGGUGCGCAUGAUGCAGAGCAGCCGAGGGCUGGCAGCCUGGACGGAGGCUCGGCACAGGUACCAGGAGACCCGGCAGAUCCUGGAGGAGAUGCUGGCAGAGCUGCAGGAGGCCUGGGGAGCGCAAGCCGACAGGCAGGGAGACUCCUUCAUCCCUCCCAGCUCAGGGUCUGCAGCUCCUUUCAAGGAAGCCCCAGUCUGCAAAGCAGCCACCAGCCCCAAGCCAGUGGUGUCAGGGGGCCAGGGGCCAGUGGAGCAGCCAGAGCCCAGUGCCGGGGCGCCAGGGCAGCCCUGGGCCAGCAGCGUUCCUGAGCCUGCACAGCCCCGCUGCCAGCAGGGGCCAGAGGGUGACCGUGCCUUUCACCACCACGAGUCUGCUAACUCCUCCCUCCCAAAACCUGAGAGCAGAGCCUGCUUGGGAGCUGCAGGACACCUUGCCCAGGAGCGCAGCCAUCCACUUCAGAGGAAUCCCUCAACCCUGCCUCCACGAGUGCGUUUUCCAGGUGCUGACCCAUUGUAUCCCACCACUGUGCCCCAGGGGACUGUCUCAGCCUCUAGCACACACCAUCCACCUGCAGAUAAGCAGGCAGAAGCCACCCAGUACUUCCAGGUUUCCAGCCAGAGCAGUUUCUCCUCAGAAGACUCAGACUCACAGAACUCCACUGAAGAAGUCCCAGCAGCACGCCUGGCUUUGCCCCGGGACCUCCAGAGUCCCAGACCACCUUACCCCUCUGAAAAGCCCCCCCCGAUUGUUUACCUGGAGAACCACCACACCGAGAGUCCCGCUAAAGCAAAUGCCAAGUAAAACCAGUCCUUUCCAGCUGGGGCUGUUUCUGUCCAGUUGUGGAAGUCUAGGUCACUGACUGGAUGGAAUGUCCCAUGCUCGGAGGUGGGACACUGGGACCUGUUGCCUAACCCUCGGUCCCAGAAUCCUUCAGUUCCCUGUACUUAGCACUUGCCCUGCUGUGGAAUGGCAGUAACCCCAUCACCAGCCUCAUGAGGUUCAUUAAUAAUCUACUAGGUGUGUAGCAAUCCUUGUAUAAAGUGCAUUUAUCCCUACAAGCGCCAGGUUUAUCUCAGAACAUCAGUGAGGGUUGCCUGCCGUCAGCAGCCAUGCUUGGAGUGUCCCAGGGCAGCACAAACCUGUGAUGAGGUGUUUCUGCCUGCUGGCCCCACCACGUUCCCUGCUCUGCUGAGUGGUUCUACUGACCAAGCGACAGCGACAGGAAUUUUGUUCAUGUGCGCUCAUUAACAUGGGACUAACAUUAUUAAUGUUAAUAAACGUGAAGAGAAGCUCC